AGCGCCUCUACCGACUUUGUAUCAAACUGCAACACGCCUGAUCACAUGACGUAGUUUGACGGAAAGAGAUGUAGCAGAGAGAUACGGCAGAAUUUGACUAAACUCUGAUCUCAAACACGCAUCCUCACGAGAGAUAAGGCUUUUGUGACUUUCGACAAUGUCUUCUGAAGACUUUGAAAACCACGAGGAGGAUUUUAGAAACCUUCACGAUGAGCUACGACGGAAGGCUCAGAGCAGACUUCCAAAUGCAGUCGGAGAGGAGAGAAAAAGAAUUGUCAGAGAGGUUAUGAGGGGCAUAGAGGAAUGUACAACACUGGUCCAGGAGAUGGAGGAGGAGGUGAAGCAGGCCCCGCCCACCUACAGACCACAGAUGCUGAGCAGGUUACGCAACUACAGACGGGAUCUGGACAAACUGCAGAGGGAGAUGAAACAAGCCUCAGGUACAGGAAUGAUGCGGGAUGAACUGAUGUCAGGAGGAACAUACGACCCUGACAGUGAUGAAGCUAGGAUGUCUGCCUCCCACCGUUCCAAGAUGCUGCAGGGCCUGGAGAGCCUGAACAGAACCUCCGCCAGCAUCGAGCGCUCCACCAGAAUAGCUGUGGAGUCCGAGCAGAUCGGCACAGAAACCAUUGAGGAGCUCGGGGAGCAGCGCGAACAGCUGACCCGCACCAGGGACAGGGUAACAGACAUGGACCAAAACCUCAGCACUAGCAAAAAGAUCCUGAAUGCAAUGAGUAGAAGGGUGAUGACCAACAAACUGAUCUUAGGGAUGAUAAUACUGGUGGAGCUGGCCAUCCUCAUCGGCCUCAUUGCUUACAAGUGGAUCAUACCAAAAUCAGGAAACCACCCCGCACCCUCGCCUUCACCUCACCCUUAGUGUGGCCCAUGGUUUGAGGCACCAUAGAUGAUUCGACAACCACCCAAACUAGACAUACCCUUACCCUAACUGUAGCCUUACCAUGUGUAUAAGAAGACUUGUUAAUCAUCAUACAGUGGAAGCUGUUAAAUUGCACACCUCAUUUGCCAGCACAUUUCUUGCAAUUAUCCAAGUGGUGCAACAAAGCAAAGUUAUCCUGCUGCACCACACCACCACGGCAUUUUGGUAUUCCGUGCAAUUUACAGAAGUGUGCGAUAAACCGUUGUGGAAUUAUCUGGCUUCUACUGUAUAGUGAACUUCCUGUGUCCCCAGAGUUGUAAAUGCUGCACCCAGUUUUGUGACAGUUCCCUGAAGGCCCCUAUGAUCCUAUGCUGAGAUUGGUGGCUGUCACACUUUGAUUCAGUAAGCCUCCUUUGAAGAAAUUUAAGAGGAUGGCAGUUUUCUAUCCCUUUUUUGCCUAUUUUUUUGCUGCUUUCUGAUUUAUUGCCAGUUUUGUGCAAAAAAAAGCUACAAAAAAUGUCGGUCGUCUGAAGGUCAUUGUAGGAGGGUAGAUCAGGUGUCGUGUGAUUCUUUGGCCACAGUGAUGUUCUUGUGCACCACAGAAUUAAUGACAGCUGACUUGGAUGUCAUUUUAUGAUGGUACCUGACCUGGUUGGCUUCACUGGAUCAAAGGGGUCUUCAGGAGGUCGUUCGAUCAUUGUACGAUUUUGAUAAUAGGAUUUUUAAGCAGGCAGUGACAGAGCACACAAGGAUCCAAGAGAGCAUUUGUGCAUCAAGUCAGGUGAACAUUGUAAGACGCAUGGCUGUCCUAAAAAUGCCCAAAGUUAUCGAUUGUAGGACGAUCGCACUAUGUGACAGAUUUAUGGAUUUCAGAAUUUCAGUUAGAGCCACUUAUCAUGCCUGGCCUUAGGGACAUCCAUGCUAACCAUUUGUAAUAAAUCUCAUGUUAGCUUGGGAAAUUCAUUAAAAAAGUGCUGGGUAAAAUGAUGCUAUUUUAAAAUGGUAGACAAACUUGUGACACCAUCUGUAAAAUGUUAACUAUACCUACCUAUUGAUUAAUAAUUUAAUAGAACAUUUUGGAUGACCGUAAAAACACAGCUUAGAAUGACAGCUUAGAGGGGUUAAUUGAUUUUAGGUUUCAACACUUCAACAAACACAAACUUCUAACAUUGCCCACUGGAAGUAUUUUAGCAGUAGUGUACAGAAUGACUGCCACUAAAAUGUACUACAGAUACGAAGCCUUUAUAUUCUGAUACCUUUACAAGCCACUUUGAGAUGAGGAGCACUGCUAAGUGCUUGUUGUAUGAUAUGACAAGGAGCAACAUGUUUCUUGUGUUAAGAGUGGUUAAUAUCUUAGAGAGUGUACUACCUAUAAAAACCAGUGAUUUAAAUUAGCCUUCUAAGGUCUGACAAGGAAACAGUUCAUGAUACAUCUGAUUAAUUCUAUGUAAUAUUGUGACAUUUACAUUAGAAUGCAAAAAUGUAAUUUUCAUUUCCUUCUAGCUGAAGUUUCCUUUUGUCAUUUGAUCAAUGGCCUGAACUUGGUCUGAAUAAACCAGUUUUGUAAUAUGAAAUACA